AUGCAUACUACCGAUGAUAUUCAGUUGGAAAUGAAAGAACCAUUGACAAUACAAGUAGAGAAUCCAGUAUCUACUAAGAAAAAUACUGUCUGUUUGAGAUUUCGACGAGUUUUUACUCUUGAUGUUCAACCAAAUGAAAAACAUCAUUACCCAAUAUUUAUUAUCAUUAUGUCUAUUUUACAUAUUUCUAUUCAUUUGACAACAUAUGUCAACAUCAAAUGGAGAGAUCAACGUUUUAAAGAUUCAUUAGAUGAUCUUUGGAUGUAUUAUAUACCAUGUAUGCGACCAACACCUUACUAUAUGCAUAUGCAUAUCGUCGACUGCAUAUCAUCGAUACAAAAUGUCACAUGUUAUUACGGUGACGAGCUCAAACACAAGUGCUUUUCUUUUCUAUAUCCACAUCAAUUAUGGAGAAUGGUUACUAUUAAUCUACUCCAUAUCAAUUGGUUUCACUUAUUAGUUAAUCUGUCAAAACAACUAAUCUUGGGUAUUUUACUCGAACGUAAAUAUGGUUCAUUUCGGAUAGUUAUUGUCUACUGGCUUUCAAAUGUAGGUGGUAUUCUUUGUGCUAUGUUGGAAGAUAGUCGAAAAAGUGUUGUUGGAGCUUCCGGUGCUAUAUAUGGCCUGUUACUACUUUUCACCGUAGAACGUCUUAAUGCAAUGAAAACAAAUAUCGAUCAUCGCCGUUUCAUAUUGAUGCAAUUAGUUCUAUUUGCUGCAUUUCCUAUGGCCAUCAGCAUAUUUUCAGCGGCUAUUCUUGGCAUAAAUGUGGCACAUGCGGUUCAUAUUGGUGGUGGUUUGGUAGGUUUUCUGUUUGGUAUCGGUAUGUUUGGUUGUCCAUGUCCAUGUCCAUCGAAUAAUAACUAUUUUCACUGUCAAAUGCCAUGCAGAUGGAUAGCAUUUAUUUUUAUUUUUAUCUACUUUGUUCUUACUUUCACUAUUUUUUUUCUAAAAGACGCUCCGUAUAUACCGUGGAUUUGGCCAGAAUACUAGUUGAAAAUUUAGAAUUUAUAAAUAAAUAAAUGUAAAGUUGUUAGUAUUACUAACAUCUAUCAUCGAUUUGCUCAUCAUUUUGAAAUGAGAGUAUGUGACGAAAAAAAAGAAUAUGAAUAAUAUAAUCACACUUCAUCAUAACAUUUUCUAUAUAUACAGAUGUGUAUAUCAACCAACAUAUCUUCGAGAAUUUUCCUGUACCAAAAUUUUUCUAAUAUGCUUGAAUGAUUCAAAAUUAUUACAUAUCAUCAAAGCUAUCUGGUCUUAGUAUGCAAUCAGUCAUUAUCGAUGAGCGAAUAUUUUGAUGUAGAUUUUCAUAUAGGUAAAUAUUAAACAUAGAUCUGUAUCUACAACUUUAUCCUCCAAAUGGAUUACUCUUGUUCUUAAAAUAAUUAUUGUGUGAUAUUCUUUUUUGCUCAUAUUUCAUUUUAUUUCAAAAAUUCAACUUACUUGAAUGGACCUAUUUGAAAGAAUUGAAUUUCUUUUUCAUCGAUUAAAUUUUUCAAACUGUUUUGUAGAAGAAUAACAUUUGAUAUUUCGUAUAGUUUUUUUUUCUAACUAUCCAUUUGAUUUUAAAAAAGAAAUCUGACAAAACAUUUCAAGUGAAGAAAAAUAAUAAAAAAAUACACUUUAUUUUUUGAUCAAAUGAAUUUUUAGUGUUUCAUAAUGAAACUAUCUAAAUAAAUAUUGGUUCAUUGUUAUCUUCUAUCUUCAAGAAAAAAAAAAUAUCAAUGAUUUAUAUUUUUGUAUGUCUGCAUUCAAUAUAACAGUCAAUAUUAAAAAGAUAAUAAGUCAUGA